GAAGGCGCCUGCAAGGCGGAAGGGGUGCAGAGCAUCUUCAGCAGCCGGAACGGCGCCAAGAAGAAGCGGAAGAGCCGGACGGCCUUCACCAACCACCAGAUCUUCGAGCUGGAGAAGCGGUUCCUCUACCAGAAGUACCUGUCGCCGGCCGAUCGGGACGAGCUCGCGCAGACCCUCGGCCUCACGAAUGCCCAG